AAUGAAGUGACCUCUGCUCCUCAUCAAGCUUCUUGUCGCGCCAUCUGACGGCGAACAACCUCUAGAACUACAAUAGUCGCCAACUGAAAUCCCAUGGAUGACUUGUCGGGGCUCAGCUGGAAUCUCUCCGCGGGGUCCGAAGCGAGGAGACCAGCCCCGGUUGGGUCUACGUCGGCAGCUGCAUUCUCUGAUUUAAGGCCGACGCCUCCUACGUCUGGACGAUCGACUCCCGUAACUGUUGGACCUUCGGUGCGCUCGAAACCACCCUCAAAAACAGCCACCCCGGUCAACGAUAGCUUUGCGAACCUAGUUACAUUUAGUUCUUCCAACUCCGGCAAAUCGCUUUCUCUGCUCGAACAACAGAAGCAAUUGGCAGAACAGAGAGCAAGGCAGGAAGCGCAGAGAAGGGCCAAUAUCGAGGCCCAAUAUGGAGGGAGCAAUGCACAAUUCUGGGACAAUUUCGAAAAGCCACACGCUUCAACAUCCCCCGCAGGACAAACAUCAUCUGAGCCACAGCACCCUUCAACCGACGAAGAUGACCUGUUGGCAGCCUUCGAUGCAUCGGUACCAGUUGAUGCAUCGACGAACUUCCCUAUACCUGAUAGCAACAGAUCGACUAAUAACAAUGCGGCAAGUUCGCAGCUCCCCUCGAAUUAUGGGCAAGCUGAGGAUCAGGGUUUAGGGAGUACCGACGAUGGUGAUGAUCCAUUCGGUUUGCAUGACCUCAAGCCUAAGGCUACACUGCAAAGCCCCCCGUCUCCAGCCGAUAAUGAUGACAUUCUAGGCUCCCUUGGAAAACCGGUGUCUGAAUUUAUACGGAAACCAGAAGACGAAAUUAUGCUAGCGAAAGCGCCAAGCACGGGUCCUUCACUAGCGGUUUCCGCGGCAAACAAAUAUAUUGCUGAAUUGGUCGACAUGGGAUUUCCCGCGGACAAGGCUCAAAAGGCUCUUGCUACCACGGAGUCUGGAACAGAUGUUCAGGCUGCCGUUGGCUGGCUGCUGAACCAGGCUCAGGAGGAGGCGAAACAAAAGGCGAACGGGAAAAUCAGAGAAUUGAGGAAAGAUCAAUACGAAUAUGAGAGCCUCGCCCGCAGUUCUCGUCGCAGACCCGCCCAACGCCGAGACAACGGUGUCCCGGCUUGGAUGCAGACAGAGCGGUCUCGCUCCUCAAGCAAUCGUGCAGAUAGCCGAAGCCCUACCACGGUAGAAAAGGAUGCGGCAGCGUUGGCAGCUGAAUUCGGCAAUAACCUUUUCAAAUCGGCCAAUUCCCUUUGGAAAAGCGGCACGAAGAAAGUGCAGCAAGCUGUUCAGGAGUUUAAUGGCCCAUCUGACGUAAAUCAACCGCGCUGGAUGCGGGAGUCCCCAACUACCUCGGAAACAACACAUUCUGGAGUGCGAGGCAGUAAACCUCCAAAACAAGGUAAUUUCACAGAUGAAGUGAUUCUGCUGGAAUCAGGUGCAAGGCCUAGCAAACCUUCCAGGCGAAGGGAGGAGCCCUUGCCCAUGUCCAAAUCAGAUAUCCUCCGAAGCCAUUCACCACAUGCUGCUGUGCAGAGGGAUAUGCGACCGCGUAUAACAGAAGACCCUCGAACUCGUCUCACUCGUCUGAACGCUGAGGAGCAAGCCGCUCAAGCAUACAUUAGCCCGGCAAGGAGACGGAGAGGAGUUGCAAUACCGCCCGCUUCGGAAUCUCAGCCUGACUUGCUUGAAGCACAUUGCACGGUGCGCCAACCUCCACGUCCCGCAACAACAUCACCCCAUCCCCAAGCACGUCAAUCUCAGACGCCCAACCCGCUGCCGGUCCGUCCAAAAGGACCUCCACGCGAAAUUCCUCAGGUUUCAUCUUCAGCUCUUGCGUCCUCACAUAUUCAUCUCCAGAGAGGUUCAGAAGCCUUUAAGCGUGGUGAUUAUGUAUCUGCCCAUACGGCAUAUUCGAAUGCGCUUUCACAGCUUCCGGAGAAGCACCCCAUCACCAUAAUCCUCCUAUGUAAUCGUGCGGUCACCGGGCUUAAAAUUGGCGAAUCAAAAUCAGCAAUCAGCGACGCAGAUGCAGCCAUCGCAAUCAUUGGUCCUUCAAGAGGCGAGUCAGAAAAGAUCGACUUAGGGAACGGGGAGCCAAGCAAAGACAUGAAAGAAUUUUUUGGUAAGGCGUUGAUGGGGAAAGCCGAAGCGCUAGAGCAACUUGAACGAUGGCCUGAAGCUGCCAAGAUCUGGCGAGACGCAGUUGAAGCAGGCCACGGAGGUAGCAUUAGCAUCCAAGGACGAAAUAGGUGUGAGAAGGCGGCGGGUAUCAGCCAGCCAACACCCCGUACCUCAACGACGGUGACUACUAGCCGUCCGGCACAGCUCAAAAAACCGGCUACUCCUGCAGCUAGGUCCACAGGACAGCAUGCCAAGCCAGCCGAGGCGGUCUCCCGCCUCCGUGCUGCAAAUGAGGCGGCAGACAGAGCUGAUAACGAGAAAUUUGCCCUCUCUGAUUCUGUAGAGGCUCGCAUAAACGCAUGGAAGGGAGGGAAGCAAGACAAUCUCCGCGCUCUUUUGGCAAGCUUGGAUACCGUUUUGUGGCCGGAAGCUGCGUGGAAGAAGAUUAGCAUGGCUGAGUUGAUUCUACCCAACAAGGUUAAAAUCCAGUAUAUGAAAGGGAUUGCCAAGGUGCAUCCGGAUAAGAUCCCUGUUAACGCAACCACCGAGCAGAAAAUGAUUGCUGGUGCUGUUUUCAGUACAUUAAAUGAAGCGUGGGAUAAAUUCAAGAACGAAAAUGGGCUAUAAAAGCUGAUACUAGAAUCUUGUUCUGUUUCACACUGAUGGGCAUCUUGAUCCCUUGCCAUGGACAUGCUCUCUACACUUUACGACGUGGCUCCUACAUUACUUUUUGUAUGCGCGUGCACCAACAUACUUUUCGGUGCCUCCUUGCCCUUAUACAUUCUUCCCCCCCCCCCCGCCCCCCCCGCGGGGGGGCCCGGCCACUAUUUCACCAUAUUAUACCAUAACUUAAUACCUUUUUAUUUCAAGCCAGCUUGCUUGUAAAUAGAGCCUCGAGCGCUUUGCAUUUUUUUUGCCACGAGAAUAACGAGAACAAAUUAGGGAUUUCUAAAUUUUGGGUUAUGAUUUCUGGAUGAUGUUUUAUGAAAAAAGACACCAAUAUUUCUUUUUCGGUAGCAGGAUAGAUGUUCAUACAUAUUGUGGGUAUUCGCCGUCUCGUAAUAUUAAAUGCCUACUUAUGCAAAUAAUUGUGCGGCGAGUGAAAAUUCUCAGAUAUGGUUACCAGUUAAUCUGACGUAUGUUAUGGAGCCCUGGUAAUCACUAGUACAUAUAUUUCACCGAGGACAUUAAAUCAUUCCUCCUCCGCUUUCUUUGCCAUCUUUUUCUCAGCCCUAGCUUCCCGUUUCACCUACUUCUUGCGCUUCGGUGCCCCUAGCGCCCCAUCAGCAGCGCGGGACUUCGCAACACUCGGCCACUUCUCCCGGCAUCGAUUCUCUUCUUCUUCCGACCAUGCGACGGGUAAAAUGGCAAAGACAAGAUACGAAGUGUGAGUCUUGAGAUCGGGCUCGCUGCGAUGUAUGAUAUUCCCUUGUUUGUAGGUUGGCAACGGAGGUUGUUCAGACGAGGUUGUUUGCGUCGACGUUAAUGAUAUUGAUGAUACGUCAGGCUUGCCGGUACCAUCCGGGUCGGCAAUUUUGGUAUCCUCCUUGACACUCUGGCCAUAGCCAUCGUCACCACUGUAGUUCUUGUUUUUUGUUUCGUUUUUGGAAGUGGAUGCAGGUCCGCUUUCGGCCUCGCUCUGUGCCUGGCUGGCAUGGAAAGCUGUCCCACGUUCCUUAAUGGCUCGAAGUUUGAUUACCGAUUCUUCUACGUUUCGAGGACCGGGAAUGGUACCUCGACCCCCUUCACCUUCAACCCCGUGUCGCUCUCUCCGCACCUCAAUGUUCCGAUGGGAUAUUUCAACCAUCGAUAUCGAUAUCCAGUCAAGUUGCCGCAGCACGCUAAUGGUCCGCUGGACUUGUUCCAGACAUGGUGAGAAUGUGCAAAUAUAUACAGGUGACGAUGGGUCAAGGGGGGAUGGAGAUCCAUCAGCUGGUUCUCGAACAAGGUGUUUCAGCGCAAGCCAUGGAGCCGGGAGGUCCAGGAAGACCGCGUUGGCUUUGGGUGAUUCGCCUUUGAACGGCUCCCCUAACAAAAACCCCUCAUUGUAGACGUCCCUGUGGUUCACGUGGACAAUACCUUCCAGUCCAUGAUCACGAAUCUCUUCACGAAUUUUCACCGCCCGUUGCACAUGGAACUCAAAGCUACACACUUUUCCGAGAUGUUUGUUGCUCGCGGGUUUUGUUUCUGAAAGAUAUCCGUUAAACACCGCCCGCGCAGCCGCAUGGGUGAAUGAUCCACUUCCUGCACCUGCUUCAAUCAGGGUGCUUCCAGGUCUAGCGCGUAUUCGGUGUAAUAUGUAGCUGUAAUCGGGGGUAUAUACUACUUGCGUUCGGUGGGGGAGGGAGGCAGUCCAAGCUUCGGGUGUGGGAGGGAGAAGGUGAAUAAAACCGCUAGAUGCAGCGACAGCAGCUUUGGGUACCGUUAGUUUCGCAUCAUCAUCAUCAACAUUGGCCUCAGAAAUAUCCAUUUC